AUGGCUCCCACAAGCGAGAAACGCAAACUCGAAGACCCCAAUGCUCAACAAUCCACCCCAGACACGACCGACAAACGCCCGCGCGUGAUCGGACCCUCUCUCCCACCCCCUCAAGCCUCCAACUCCAACUCCGACAACAGCGACAGCGAUAGCGACGACGAUGACUUCGGCCCGACUCUACCCCCACCCGAAGGUUCAGUGGACACCUCAGCCGCGACACGCGCCGCGAUAGCCAUAGCGAACGCGAAGGCGGAAGAAGAAGCGCAAGCAGCAGCGAAACCGCAACGCGACGAGUGGAUGCUCCUACCGCCUGAGAACUCAGAUUGGGGAUCGCGAGUUGAUCCGACGAAGUUGCGGAACCGGAAGUUUCAGAGUGGGAAGGGGGCGGCUUCUGGUGGGAAGAGUGGGGGUGUGGAUGUGUCGUGGACAGAGACGCCGGAGGAGAAGUUGAAGAGGUUGCAGGAUAGUAUUUUGGGGGUUGCUGCGCCGGGGGAGGGGAGGAGGGAGGCUAAGCGGAAGGAUAUCGCGGCCGAGCAUGAGAAGGAGAGGAAAGCUAGGGAAGAGAAGAAGAAAGAGGAGGAUGAUGAUCCUAGCAGCCGCGCUUUUGAUCGAGAGAAGGAUAUGGCUCUGUCUUCGAAAAUUACGGCGUCUCAACGGAGGGAGAUGAUCAAUAAGGCGGGUGAUUUUGGAUCGCGGUUUACGAAGGGGAAGUUUCUCUGA